AUCACUAGAUGGCGGGAAAAUACUAACUGGUGCAAUACAAUCCUAGGGUUUGCCUAGGACGGAGCUUCAACAGUUUAUCCCUCUGCUAACAAAUCCGGCGAAGAACUUCAGGAGAGAGAUGCCUACAUACAAGAUAAGGGGAAUCAAUGUGGAUUUCCCAUACGAGGCUUACGAUUGCCAGCUCGUUUACAUGGAAAAAGUGAUCCAAUCUCUACAAGAAGGAUGCAAUGCAUUGUUGGAGAGCCCUACUGGAACUGGAAAAACCUUGUGUCUUCUUUGUGCUACUUUGGCUUGGAGGAAGAGUUUGGGAGACUUCUCAACCUGUAGGACCAAGAGAAGAGGUCGUAAUGUGGGAAAUGAACUUUCUGAUGAAUCAUUGUCGCAGUCUGAAUCAUGUAAUCUACCCACAAUAAUAUAUGCGUCGCGCACGCACAGCCAGCUUCGUCAAGUUAUUCAAGAAUUGAAACAAACCAAUUACAGGCCCAAAAUGGUAGUAUUGGGGUCCCGUGAGCAAUUAUGCAUUCAUGAAGGAGUGAGUUUGCUCCAUGGAAAAGCCCAGACAAAUGCCUGCCAUUCCCUCCGUAAAAAGCUUAAAAAGCAAUUUUGCCGCCAUUUUUCUCAUGUUACAGAAUUCAUGAAGGAAAAUCCUGAUCUUGGAGAUGAACCUAUUGACAUAGAAGAUUUGGUCAAUAUUGGAAAAAGUUGUGGGCCGUGCCCUUACUAUGUGUCAAAAGAACUCCAGAAAGUUGCUGAUAUAUUAUUUGCGCCUUAUAACUAUCUUAUUGAUCGGGGAUAUAGAAAAUAUCUUUCUAUUAGGUGGGACAACAGCAUACUGAUAUUUGAUGAAGCUCACAAUUUGGAAAGCUUAUGUGCGGAUGCUGCAUCUUUUGACCUGCCUUCAGGAAUUCUGACAUCUUGCAUUGCUGAAGCGAAAAAAUGUGUAGACCUUUCUAUUGCCAGGAGGGACAUAUCAAACGAUAAAACACUUGAUCCAAAUAAAUUUGCUCUUCUUCGAGCGCUUUUCUUAAAGCUUCAAAAGCUGAUAGCUGAAAUCCCUAUUGAAUCCAAAGAAUUGGGUUUUACAAGGCCUGGGCCUUACAUUUAUGAACUACUUACUGAUCUGAAUAUCACAUAUAAAACUGCCACAAAGCUGAUUGGUACAAUUGAAGAAGCAGUCCUCCUUCUUGAGGAAGGCGAAAAUCUCAUUGAUACUGGAGGACCUCUAAAGACAAAAGAAACUAUAUGCAGGCUGGAAAGCAUGGGCGAUAUUCUUAAGAUAGUCUUCAAAGAUGGUGGUGGAACUCAUGCUAAAUAUUACCGUUUCCAUGUUCAGGAAGUAGAAGGCAAUGCUGCAGCUGCUUUUAAAGGCCAGGCUUCUAGAACACUCAGCUGGUGGUGUUUUAAUCCAGGAAUUGCCAUGGAAGAGUUCUCAAAGUUAGGUGUCAGAUCUAUCAUUUUGACAUCUGGCACAUUAUCUCCAAUGGAAUCUUUUGCUGUGGAAUUUAAAUUAGAUUUUCCAAUUCGUUUGGAGAACCCUCAUGUUAUAUCAGCAAAUCAGAUAUGGACUGGAGUUGUUCCAGUUGGUCCAUCUGGUUUCUCUCUCAACUCUUCAUAUAGGAGUCGUGAUUUGUUAGAGUACAAGCUGGAGCUGGGGAAUGCUAUUGUUAAUUUUGCUCGAAUUGUACCAGAUGGCCUACUUGUAUUUUUUCCUUCUUACUACCUUCUGGACCAAUGCAUUGGGUGCUGGAAGAAUGCAAUUCAUACAAAUUCCAGCACAAUCUGGGAGAGAAUCUGCAAACACAAGCAACCUGUUGUAGAACCUAGACAAUCGUCACUUUUCCAUUUGUCAAUUGAGGACUAUAUGACUAAGUUGAAGGACUCCUCAACUUCUGGUGCAGUUUUUUUUGCAGUUUGUCGUGGCAAGGUAAGUGAAGGCUUAGAUUUUGCUGAUCAUGCUGGGAGAGCUGUGGUCGUCACUGGUAUGCCAUUUGCCACAAGGACUGAUCCAAAGGUUCGUUUAAAACGAGAAUAUUUGGAUCAACAUUCGCUAUCACAACAGAUAGGACGUAAGGUUCUGACUGGAGAAGAGUGGUAUGCUCAGCAAGCCUCCCGGGCUGUGAAUCAGGCUGUUGGACGUGUUAUCCGUCACCGCUAUGAUUAUGGUGCAAUUAUUUUUUGUGAUGAAAGGUUUGCAAAUGCAAAUCGUCGAUCGCAGAUAUCACUUUGGAUACAGCCUCAUAUUAAGUGUUACUCCAAAUUUGGGGAUGUAGUUUUUACAUUGACACGUUUUUUCCGAGAUGGAGCAAUUCAUGGCCCUACGAAGAUGGAAUUAGCACCUACUGAGGACCAUGGAAAUGUGACUAAAGCAGAAACUUCCCAGACCGCAGACAAACUUCACCUGGAAAAAUUUCCUGCUCAACUAACUACACCAGUGGAUGUAAAUUGCUUCACUAAGUUAUCAUCUUCUAUAUCAGAGGUUAAAGACAUUCCUAGCCAUUGGGGAGGAAUUCUUCCUGCAAACCAGUCAUCUCUGACUUCUUACAAGAGAAACCAGAGUUUUACCUUGAAGCCUUCUGGUAAUGUGUUCUCCAAUGAGAAAAAAUUGUUAAUACCUGGAAGGAAGAGUACGCAUCACGUAAAUUAUGAACUAGAUUUGAUGAGUAAAUCCUCAGUGGAUGAAACAACAAAUGAAGAAAUGAUUGUGCAAUGUUCUUCGAAGAGGCCUAGAAGCGAGUCUGUUCUAAAACAGCAUGUUGAGCAUUCUUGUGAGUCUUUAUGCGUUGUAACAGAAGCACAAAUGAACAAUGCUUUUACAGCAAAUAAUUCAUUGAAAGAUAAGAAUUUGCUACUCAGUGAUGACAGAAGCUUCCAAGAUGCUCAACUUGGUUUGCCUGUGUUGCUUGGCGAUGAAAAUGUUGCAGAAAGAAGAGCAGAAUCCCUUAGUCAGAAAAGCAAUAUUCUGUCAAGUCCUACCCAUUGUAGUGAUGCAGAAAGAAGGGGUUCUGCUUUUCUCAUCCAGGUUAAAGAAAAGCUUACGGAUGCAGAAUAUAUCAAAUUUGUUGGGUUUAUGAAGGCACUUAAGUCUAAAGCCAUGAAGAUAGGUCAAGUGUUGCAAAGCAUUAUUACGUUGUUCUCUUCUCCCGACAGGCUUCCUCUUCUUCAAAGGUCAAGUACUAUCUACCUUCAAUUCUGUAAGAUUCAAGGAUUAUAUCCCAGCAAAGUACCAUUCCUUAUAUGAGCAGUACCUUGGAAGAAGAGAUGAUGCAGUUGGUGUAUGAAAUUACAGAGCUACCACAGUAGUGCUCCAUCUGUGCUCACUACUUCUAAAGCUUAACGAAGUGGCUUCGUUUGGGAAUGAAGUUGCCUUGACUAGAAAGAGGAAUUGAGCAAAGCCCUGCAAAUUGUAGUUGGAAGACUAGAUAUGGCUUUCACAUCGUUUUGUCAAAGAAUCUCAGGGUCCAGAAAAAGAAAUUCAAGUUAACAAGUUAUAGAAGGUGGUCGAGUCUGAGUUCUGCUUUCCAUGAAUACUAAGCCAAUGGGAGGUAAGAUGGUACCGUAUAGGCUGUGCGCAGUACCAUGAUAGUUAGAUGGAAGCAUAGAUAUUAGGAGCUCAAAUUGUGGGGCUCUGUUUUGUUGUUGUAGUGCAGAAUGUUUCUGCAUAUUUAGUUUGUCACCGGUCUUAUAUCCUUUUCUUGUAAAUGAAAUAUUUAUUUAUGCUGAUUAUGGAACUAGGAUUUGAGGAAGGAAAAUGAAAAUAAACGUUCAUAUAUUUAUGUGAACGAUAGCCGAUACCAAGUUUUGGUUCUAA